AUACGCCGCUGUUUUUUGAUUGAAUAAGGCACGAAAUCAAAAAAUUCUUUACUUCUCCAGUUCCUCAGCGCGUCCACAGCAUAAAAAACCGAUAAAAAUACAAUAUUUCCAGGCUCUUGAUUGUAAAAGGGUAAAAAUUUUGUGUGAAGAUAUCGUGGAGCAGGAUAAGAUGCCAGGACACCGCGGGGAGACGAAGGGCGAACCGGCGGGUGGUGGUGGGCAACCGGUCUCAGCAGACCAGGACGCUGUGAAUAAAGGGAUCGAUAAAAUGUACAAGAUUUAUGAAAAAUUGAGUUCUGCAACUGAAAAGACGACCUUGGAGGGUGAUUUCAAGGAAUUGUUGGAGGCUGUGAAGAGAUCAGACAAGGAAAAAAGGCUCGCUUCCAUGUUUAUUACUCGGUUUCUUGAAUUUUUUCCACUCUUGUACGAUGAUGCCAUUAAUGCAAUGCUGGAUUUGUGUGAGGAUGACGAUGUUGUUAUUCGAAAACAGGUGGUGAAGGACUUGGUCACAGUUUGUAAGAAGGUUCCAACGUUUGUUCCAAAGAUCGCAGAUGUUUUCUCUCAGUUGAUCCAAACCGACGAUACUGCAGAGCAAGCUGGGUUAGAGCGUUGUUUGGUGAGCUUGUUCCACAUUGAUGCACAAGCUGCCGUUGUUGGAAUAUUUUCCCAAGUGGGAAACGGUGACGAUACGGUGCGUGAUAGAUGUCUGAAGUUUUUGGCCACGGAGCUUAAAGGUUUGAGCCCAGAAAUUGUGAGUCCCGAGUUUGAGAAAUGUUUGAUUUCUGAAGCUCGAAAAUGUGCCCCGAAACUCAGUGGAGAACAUUUUAACCAUUUCCACCGUCUUCUCAUGAAUACAAAGACUUUACAAACAGUGUCGGGGCAGCAGGUCAUGGUAGAUUUGAUUGCCGAAAUUUUGGAGAUGGAUAAACAGUUUGAUGCUUCUGAAGCUGAAAAUUUUGACAAGUUAUUACUAUGCACCAAAUCCUCCUUAUCAUCAUUUUCGAAACAAGUUAGUUCUUCUGCCUAUUUAGUUUACUACUGUACAAAAGUAUUGCCAAACUUGGAGGAUUCAGUUGUGCUUCAAGAUGGGGGACAUUUGAAACUUGAGGCGCUUAGAAUGUUAGCCGAUGUAGGGUUUCACGCAGCUCAAUUCGACCCUACACAAGCAAAGUUAUGUUUGGAACAAGUAUACAAGCACUUAGUGGAUCUUAUGCCUACUCCUCCAGAGGAAGAUGAAUUAAAUCCCAAAUUUGAAUUUAGCCUUAUCGAACCUUUGUUGUUUACAUUUCACAAAUUGGGAGGUUUUUAUCCAGAAUUUCUCAACGAACAACCCGAUCGCCUAAAAGAAUUUCGCGCUCGUUUGCAAUAUCUGGCCCGAGGAACUCAAACCUACAUGAAACUGCUUCGUGAAGAUCUCGAUGGAAAACGUGGACCUGAGCUACGAAAUGACGAGACCAUGAAGAAGAUUCAAGCUUUGAAGCUUACCUCAAACAUCAGCGCUGUCAUUAAAGAUUUGUUCCACACUCCUCCAAGCUACAAAUCUGUUGUUGGUCUCUCCUGGCGUCCAUAUGGACUCAGAGCAAAACGUGCCGGAGAGACUCCAGCUCUAACACCUAACAACAAUCGAGGUGUUGCAGAAGUUUCGUCACCAUCAAAUCCUAAGCAAUCUCGUAACGAAAACAGGGGAGCACUCUACCAACCACCAAGUGGAAAGUUUUCUGCUCGUGCAGGAACCUACGCGACAGCAGGACCUCGUGUUCUUAGAGGAGGGAUUAGACCGCGUGGUGGAAUGGCUUUUCCAGGUGGUGGUGGUUUCAAUGGUCGUCGAGGAGGAAAUAAUAUUCGUGGGGGUAGGGGUCGUUAUUAAUACGAUCACAUUGAAGUUUUAUCAUGAUCAAACCACAUGGCAAAAAUUUCGGGUCCAUGUUAUCAUUACGGUUAUUAUUAUGUUUGUGCUACUGGUGAACAUCUUUUUAUGAUGAUUUGCUUAUGUUAUUGUUGAUCUUUUAAGAUUUUGAUUAUGACCCCACUGGGAUAAUUUGUUGUUUCCUAAAUUGUUUUUGUUCCGUUUUCAUAAGCAAACAUAUGCCAUAGAUGAAUUAUUAUUACAUUGUAAACUGACAUUCUUGUUAAAAAUACUAAUACUGUCAUAAUUUGUUUUUCUUACUUCACUUGUUCACUUACCGACUAAUUAGAGUUGUUGUAUGCAAGUAUAAAAAUAAAUUGCUUUAAAAUGUUACUCCACUUGUAUGCAUUCAACAUGCACUGUAAUUUUGUGGUUAUAUUUAGUCGGAGCCUGGUGGUGUAUUGUUCUUUAUGUAUGGAGGCGUAGUACAAAUGUUUCUCCCUUAUUAAAGUAAAUAUAAAGUAACGGAACAUCAGAUCCGAGAUAAAUUAUCUAUGCAAAGGUUAGUAAAACCAACCUCUCCGUUUUUUUAUUCAAACAUAGUUUGUAAGUCACUCACAUGAUUAUUAUAUAUUAUUAUUAAUACACACAGCGUAGCCGUUAGAAAACUUUUGGUUGAUAAAUUACGAAUUCAAAGAAUAAACUAUACACAUAGAAUUUUAAA